ACGUACAAAGAUCAGACAGGGUCAGAUUGGGUGAGAUUUUGAGAGUCUCAUUUCCUCUCUUUUGUUUUUCACGUUAGUUCCCUUCUCCCCUCCCUUUCUUCUUUGUUUUUUUUGAAACCCAAGACUUGGGAAAGAAGAGAAACCAAUGCUCCGAGAGAGUAAGGAAAAUGGAGAAAUUAUGAGAGCAAUGUGCAGUUUCAAACAGUAAUAGAGAAGAAGAAUCCGAGGUUGGGGAAUUGAUUUCUAGGGUUCGGGAGUUUAAUUUGGGGUAAUGGAGAGAGCCUAUAAAUAGGACGAUCAAGAGAGGUUUAGAGAUAAACUAAGGCAAGUGAUUGUAGAAACUAAAGAGUAAACAAAGGUGCGAGUGCAAGCUAGGAAGCAUUCCGGGUUGAGUGCGAGACGCGUGAGCUUGCGGAGUUUGGAGGAAACGUUUUGCGGAGAGGGCGAACACAUUUUACAGUGUUUCUGCGGAAUUGGACCGGGGAAGAUUCCAGCCGUCUCCGUCCUGAAACACUCCUCCUCCGUUGAUGCUCCUUCUUUCUUCCUCUGCGGUCGGUCUCAAUGUAAAGGGGGGUGGACCUGCAAUAAACACUCCGACACUCAAGUCAGAAUGGGUUUUUCUCCAUAUAUCAUUAUAUCAUAGAUCUCUUACCUGAUCCUGGGAUCAUUUAUUUAUAUGAUUUUUAGAUUAGAUUUUCUAAUCAUUCCUCAAUGUCAAAUCAAUCUUUUGGAGGUAAUGAUAGAAUUCGUAAUAAGGACUAGAGCACUGGAAGUGCGGGGACCCACCACCCAUAUUUGCUGGGUAAACAAGGGAUUUGCUGCCCAUUUAGGUAAACAAGGGAUUUGCUGCCCAUUUAGGUAAACAAGGGGUCCCUCCUCUGUCUCCUUUAAUAAUUUUGCACAUUUAAUCAUUGUCUUCACAGUUUUUUAGGCACCCAUCUGAUCGGUCAUAUCCCAGGAACCCGAUCGGAUAUGUGUGUGCCCACUUCCGGUCGGUCUUCUUUCUUCGUAAUCUUCAAACUGUGUCCUCCGAUCGGAUAUAUUGUACUGGAUACCCGAUCGGUUGUCUAAAGUUAGUCGUUAUUUCGAUCGGAUUCCUGAGCGUAAAGCGUAGUAGUAACACAAGUCCCCCAAGCCUUAGCAAAAUAUUUUUGCGUAGGGUUUGUAGAAGAUAUCCGUUCGGCUUGUAUAUUUAUUUGCUGUGAAGUCCUUUGCUUUACACGCUUUAAUGAGCAUUACGAAGUAUCGUCGGCAACAUUUAGGCGGGAAUCAUAAAAAGCUGAAACGUCAGAUUUCCUGAUCCGUCAGAUCUUUUCGUAGCUGAAACGUCAGGUCACUUGGUCCGUCAGAUCUCCUAACGUUUGGCGCUUCGGAUACACCCGUUGAGCCCAUUUUAACUUCGGUAUAAAUACUCAUUCUUUUGACCUAAUUUUCACUUUAAUCUCCUUGCCGUCGCCAGCUUCUCUCAUUCUUCUGAAUCCUCUACUCCCUCUGAAUCAUCCUCCAUUUUUUUAGUAGUCUACUCAGGUAAUCAUGUCUUCUGAUCUUUCCGGCAAUGAGGGCAGGGGGUAUGCUGACAACGAUGACGCGGGUCCUUCAGACAGUUCUAGUCCGUCGACCUCCCUAGCCGCUGUCAUCGGUCAAGGUGCUAGGGUUUCCCCCUCUGGUAACUCCUCCGAUCUUCUGGUGGAUAGUAAUGCCCCCGAAGAAGUCGCCAUCCACGUAGACUCCACCGGCGCCUGGGAUGGGAGGCUCCGAGACUGGCCUCCUGUCCCCGGUUGUGACUGGGUGCCCAAAGAAGUUAAGCAAAUUCCUUCCUCCUUCUAUAAUCAUGACUCAUUCAGGAAUCUGAUCACCCGUAUCUGUUUAGUCAAGAAUUCCGAUGAUGCGAGACGGUUCAAGCUUGCUAUCUGCCGGAGGACCGAGCGCGUCUGUCAUGGUCGGGGUGAAUACCCUUCUGAUUUCUUCUAUGUUUAUGCCACCCUGUUCAAAGAUCUGAAGGUUCUCCUUCCAUUCACUGAUUUUCAGAUGGGUGUGUUAAAAACCCUCAACUUGGCUCCUACCCAACUUCAUUCGAACGGGUGGGCCUUCAUGCAAGCCUUCGCUGCUAUUUGCAUGGGGUUGGCACUUAAUCCUACCCCCGCGGCCUUCCUCUACUUCUUCCAUGUGAUACCACACCCGACCAAACCAUGGGUAUCCCUGCGGACGGUCGGGAAUAGGCACUUGUUGACUCUCUAUAACAGCUCCUACAAGGACUUUAAAAAUCACUUUUUUAAAGUCGUGCCGACGGAGGCUGGAUAUGAGAGUUUUUGUAAUGCCGGUCCCGCCCGGGAUGCCAAGUUUCCGCUUUACUGGACCCAAGAUCCUCGGAAGGUCCUAUCUUGGCCAAAACCGCAGAUGAGCAUAGAGGAUCUGGACUUGAUUAAUCAACUUUGUCAGCUACCCCCCAAAUCCUCGUGCCGUGUUCUGAUCGGGUUCCUUGGCAACAAAAACCUUCCGGCUAAUGUGUUUGGUAGGCUAUUUCUGAUCGUCUUAUAAUGUGUUACUGGGGCGACCAUGUUUGAAUGCGUUCGGGGCAAUUGUUUCCACCCCUCACCUUACGCUCAAAUUUCCAUUGGAUAAUGGAAAUAUCUGUUCCGUUCGGUCUGAUCAAAGGAUUGCACGGGAAUGUUACAUGGCAGGAUUGAAGGUACAGCCAUCAUCAUUCGACCUACCCGUGCAGUCAAGGAGAAGGCGAUCGGAAGUUGCAAUGACAGAUUUGGAUCCAAGGACGAAUACGGAUGAUCGAAUAGAACCGAUGGGGGAGAUUAAACCCUUUAGCCUCGGACAGAAGAAAGAACAAGUAACCACUAUCAGGAGCGGGUUGGAUGAGAAUCAAACUAUAAUGAUUGGCACUUUAUUAAAAAUGAACCAAGACUUAUUUGCUUGGACGGCAGCUGAUAUGCCAGGAAUCCAUCCAAGGGUUAUGUCGCAUAAACUGGCAUUAUUCAAGGAAUCCCGACCGGUGGCACAAAAGAAGAGAAGGUUGGGGGAAGAAAAGCGAUCAGCAGUUGAAGUGAAGAAAUUAUUGGAAGCAGAUUUCAUCCGAGAAAUCAAGUAUACAACAUGGCUGGCCAACGUGGUAAUGGUGAAAAAGAUGAGUGGGCAGUGGAGAAUGUGUACGGACUUUACGGAUCUCAACAAAGCCUGCCCAAAGGACUCUUACCCAUUGCCUAGUAUUGAUGGCUUAGUGGAUGGGGCGUCCGGUUUUCAUAUGUUAAGUUUCUUGGACGCAUAUUCAGGAUAUAAUCAGAUUCCUAUGUUCCCCCCAGAUAGCGACAAGACAACAUUAAUCACCGAGCGGGCCAAUUAUUGUUAUGAUGUUAUGCCGUUCGGGUUGAAGAAUGCUGGAGCCACAUACCAACGGCUGAUGGAUAGGGUAUUUGCAGAUCAGAUAGGUAGAUGCAUGGAGGUAUAUGUGGAUGAUAUGGUGGUAAGAAGCCGUUCGGUUGAAGACCAUGUGAGAGACUUGGAAGAAGUGUUCCGCCAGGUUCGAAAGUAUAAUAUGCGUCUUAACCCGACCAAGUGCACUUUCGGGGUGCCGUCGGGAAAAUUCUUAGGAUUUAUGUUAACCACAAGAGAUAUCGAAGUCAACCCUGAUAAAUGCCGAACGGUUUUGGAAAUGAGGAGUCCGCAGAAGCUGAAGGAAGUUCAAAGGCUGGUGGGUAGGUUAACUUCACUAUCUCGAUUUAUUCCAAGGUUGGCCGAACGGAUAAAGCCGAUACUAAAAGUUAUGAAGAGAAGUACAGGAGUAGACUGGGACGAUCAGUGUGAGCAAGCUUUUGAUGAAGUUAAACGAAUAUUGGUCAGCCCACCGGUCAUGGGGCGACCCGAGGCUGGACACGCGUUACAGCUAUUCCUUGCGGUUUCAGAUGAUACAGUAAGCUCGGCUUUGGUACAGGAGCAACCCGAGUUCAAACUGGUAUACUUCGUUAGCCGAACGUUGCAACCAGUUGAGACCAGAUACAAGCGAGUGGAGAAGAUCGCUUUGGCACUAGUAAUGGCAGCACGACGAUUAAGGCCGUACUUCCAGAGUCAUCAGGUGGUUGUCCGAACGGAUCACCCGAUAGCGAAGAUCUUACGCAAGCCAGAUUUGGCUGGGAGAAUUGUAGGGUGGUCUGUGGAGUUAUCAGAAUUUGGCCUCCAGUAUGAACCAAGAGGGUCCGUCCGAGGGCAACAUUUGGCCGACUUUGCGGUCGAAUUACCUGGGGAAGAAGUGCAUCCUGAAUGGAUCCUUUAUGUGGAUGGCUCCUCGGAAAAAUCUUGUGGAGGAGCGCGCAUUGUUUUGGAAGGACCGGACGAUUUUGUUGUUGAACAGGCCAUUAUCUUUCGGUUCAAGAUAAGUAAUAAUCAAGCCGAGUACGAAGUAGUACUAGCUGGGCUCGAAUUAGCCAAAGACUUGGGAGCGGUCUCGAUCAAAUGCCGUACGGAUUCUCAGUUGGUGGUAGGACAAUUGACUGAGAGCUUUCAGACUAAAGAUGAUCAGCUGCUUCGUUAUUUUCACAAAGUAAAGGAGUUGGUAAAGCAGUUUCGGACGGUGGAGUUCAAACAUGUACCAAGGGAGCAAAAUGCGAGGGCGGAUGUUUUGUCAAAGCUCGCCAAUAGUAAAGGAAAAGGUCACUUAUCUUCGGUCAUAAGGCAAGUUAUGAUAAGUCCAUCAGUGGAAUGUUUGGCCGUUAACGAGAUCUCCACUAUGCCUGACUGGAGGAAGGAUAUAAGGGAGAUUAUUCAGAGGCAGGAAAGCGGAGAACGCGUCCGAGCACCAGAUUUAAAAAAGGCCGCUCGGUAUUUGUUGAUAGGAGAAGACCUUUAUAAAAGAGGAUUUUCUUGUCCCCUGUUGAAGUGCUUAUCUUCGGAGGAAGCAGAAUAUGUGAUGAGGGAACUACACGAGGGGGCAUGCGGAAUGCAUACAGGCCAACGAGCGUUACGUGCAAGGGUCAUACGAGCAGGCUAUUUUUGGCCGACCGUAGAGAGAGAUUGUAAAGAGUUUGUGAAGAAAUGUUUGAAAUGUCAAGAGCAUGGCAGGAAUUUGAAUCUUCCGCCAGUCGAGUUGCAUAGUCUGAUGUCACCAUGGCCGUUCGCGCAGUGGGGAGUAGAUAUUGUCGGACCGCUUCCUGUGGGACGAGCGCAAAAGAAAUUCCUGUUGGUGGCCAUUGACUAUUUCACUAAGUGGGUAGAAGCAGAACCGCUCGCAACAAUCACGGCAGCGAGGGCUCAAAAGUUUAUGUGGACACUUAUAUGCAGAUUUGGAAUUCCAAAAGUUAUAGUAACCGACAAUGGUCGACAAUUCAUUGACAAGGGCUUAGGAGAAUUUUACAGGAAGCUGGAAAUUAAGCAUGUCACAAGCUCAGUAGAACAUCCACAAACGAACGGCCAAGUUGAAGCGGUCAACAAAGUAAUUGUAUCCGAGUUAAAGAAAAGGCUGGGAGAGGCCAAGGGCCUUUGGGUAGACGAGCUUCAGGAAGUUUUGUGGGGAUAUCGUUGCACCCCGCACGGUACAACGGGAGAAACCCCCUUCAACUUAACGUACGGAAUAGAUGCGAUGUUACCAGUAGAGGUAGGUGAGCCUACUGUUCGAAGGGAGGUUGAAGGUCUCCUAGAUAACAAUAGAGAACUUCGCUUGGAGUUAGACACUUUGGACGAACGGAGAGAAGUAGCUUUGAUCCGGGCAGAGGCUAAAAGGAGACUCUUGGCGAGGCGCUACAACACCAAGGUCAUGCCACGACAGUUCGCCGAAGGAGACCUUGUAUGGAGAAAAACAGCGGAAGCCUGACGGGACCGAUCGGCAGGAAAAUUAGCUGGAAAUUGGGAAGGCCCCUUCAGGGUGAUAGAGAAUUUGCAAAAUGGAGCAUAUCGCCUGGAGCACCUGACGGGAAAGGCUAUACCCAAUACAUGGAAUGCGUCUCAUUUAAAAUUUUAUUUCAGCUAAGAGCUUUAUACUCAUUAUUUCAUAUCAAUAAUACUGUUUAUCACACGAAUUUUCGUCAUGUGUUUACAGCCGAGCGGGUGGGGCAGUCUCUUCGUGAGCUCCCACCUUGGUCUUAGAGCACGCUCCUCGAGAGCUUCUAAGGCCUAAACCGAGCGGGUGGGGCAGUCUCUUCGUGAGCUCCCACCUUGGUCUUAGACCAUGCUCCUCGAGAGCUUCUAAGACCUAAACCGAGCGGGUGGGGCAGUCUCUUCGUGAGCUCCCACCUUGGUCUUAGAGCAUGCUCCUCGAGAGCUUCUAAGACCUAAACCGAGCGGGUGGGGCAGUCUCUUCGUGAGCUCCCACCUUGGUCUUAGAGAACGCCCCUCGAGAGCUUCUAAGGCCUAAACCGAGCGGGUGGGGUAGUCUCUUCGUGAGCUCCCACCUUGGUCUUAGAGCACGCUCCUCGAGAGCUCCUAAGACCUAAACCGAGCGGCAUUCAGAAGAGCCGAAUUAAGCGCGGAAUGGAAAAUAAAAUGCGAAAAAUAGGAUGAGAGCGGAUAGACAAAAAAGAACUUCAAAGUUUUCAUUACUUCUUUUAAAGAAAAAUUAAUACAAGGUAAAAAUAGAAAUUCUAAGUCUAAGACUGGCCUUCAGGUUCACCAGUCUCCCCAACUGUUUCGACGGUAGCUUCCACAUCCUGGCCAACAGGGGGAGAAGAAGGGGGAACAUGGAUAGGAGUCAAUUUGCCAUCCACCACCAUCAUACCCACGUUCAGACGAUUGUCGUCGAUAGGCACUUGGAAAAGCAGCUUACACUGGGCAAGAGCCUUAUCAAACCCGAGCACAUGCUCGUUCACCACUUCGUCACCCAGCAGCUUAACUUCUGCUUCCAAUUUCGUUACCCGAUCGAGAAGAGAAUCCCACUCGGUCUUCAGUGUGUUGUUGGAAGCAGUGGCCUUCUGAAGAUCUAGCAGUGCGUCAUCCAGGGACCGUUGCGUAAGACGCUGAGCAGCACGACCCUCGGCCAGCAAAGUGUUGGCUUUCUUCUUAUCCUCUUCCGCCAUCCGUUCAGUCUCGGCCAACUUAAGAGUAAGAUCUUGGUUAGCCUUAAUUGAUGAUUCCAGCUUGGCUUGAAGCUCUUGAAGCUCGGCAACAGCAGAGGCCUUUUUCCGAGCCACAUACGUUUGACACAAGGCCAACCGUGCCGCCAGCUCCAGAGUCAUAUUGGAGGCCUCUUCAUCGGUCAUCCCACUAACCAUGUCCUCGGCAGAGUUGUCGAAGUGGAGACGGCCACCUAGGAAUUAUGACUUAGAAGGCUAGAGGGAGGUGACCCCUCGGGCAAGCUCCUCUUGACACGCUUAGACUCGGCAGAGGCCUGCCGAGCGGCUUUUCUUUUCCCCUUUUUCUUAGGGGGUGACUUGGGAUGAGCUGGAUCAGCCACAGUUUCUACCGCAGGCUGAGGAACUGAAACCUGUGGCACUGGACGGGGAGUGACAGAUUUAGCAACAGCAUAGGGGUCAUGGGAUGAACUCCCGCUCGGUUUCCUCACAUCGCCUCCCCUCUGAGCAAACAGACGAGCAAAGGUACUGCUCUUAGAUGGAUCCAUCCCCGAAAAGUAAUCUGCAAAAAGACGAGAAAUUCAGUUAAGUUUUAACAGGCUGCUCAAUAAAAGACGAUCAGAAAUAGCCUACCAAACACAUUAGCCGGAAGGUUUUUGUUGCCAAGGAACCCGAUCAGAACACGGCACGAGGAUUUGGUGGGUAGCUGACAAAGUUGAUUAAUCAAGUCCAGAUCCUCUAUGCUCAUCUGCGGUUUUGGCCAAGAUAGGACCUUCCGAGGAUCUUGGGUCCAGUAAAGUGGAAACUUGGCAUCCCGGGCGGGAACAACAUUACAAAAACUCUCAUAUCUAGCCUCCGUCGGCACGACUUUAAAAAAGUGAUUUUUAAAGUCCUUGUAGGAGCUGUUAUAGAGAGUCAACAAGUGCCUAUUCCCGACCGUCCGCAGGGAUACCCAUGGUUUGGUCGGGUGUGGUAUCACAUGGAAGAAGUAGAGGAAGGCCGCGGGGGUAGGAUUAAGUGCCAACCCCAUGCAAAUAGCAGCGAAGGCUUGCAUGAAGGCCCACCCGUUUGGAUGAAGUUGGGUAGGAGCCAAGUUGAGGGUUUUUAACACACCCAUCUGAAAAUCAGUGAAUGGAAGGAGAACCUUCAGAUCUUUGAACAGGGUGGCAUAAACAUAGAAGAAAUCAGAAGGGUAUUCACCCCGACCAUGACAGACGCGCUCGGUCCUCCGGCAGAUAGCAAGCUUGAACCGUCUCGCAUCAUCGGAAUUCUUGACUAAACAGAUACGGGUGAUCAGAUUCCUGAAUGAGUCAUGAUUAUAGAAGGAGGAAGGAAUUUGCUUAACUUCUUUGGGCACCCAGUCACAACCGGGGACAGGAGGCCAGUCUCGGAGCCUCCCAUCCCAGGCGCCGGUGGAGUCUACGUGGAUGGCGACUUCUUCGGGGGCAUUACUAUCCACCAGAAGAUCGGAGGAGUUACCAGAGGGGGAAACCCUAGCACCUUGACCGGUGACAGCGGCUAGGGAGGUCGACGGACUAGAACUGUCUGAAGGACCCGCGUCAUCGUUGUCAGCAUACCCCCUGCCCUCAUUGCCGGAAAGAUCAGAAGACAUGAUUACCUGAGUAGACUACUAAAAAAAUGGAGGAUGAUUCAGAGGGAGUAGAGGAUUCAGAAGAAUGAGAGAAGCUGGCGACGGCAAGGAGAUUAAAGUGAAAAUUAGGUCAAAAGAAUGAGUAUUUAUACCGAAGUUAAAAUGGGCUCAACGGGUGUAUCCGAAGCGCCAAACGUCAGGAGAUCUGACGGAUCAGGAAAUCUGACGUUUCAGCUUUUUAUGAUUCCCGCCUAAAUGUUGCCGACGAUACUUCGUAAUGCUCAUUAAAGCGUGUAAAGCAAAGGACUUCACAGCAAAUAAAUAUACAAGCCGAACGGAUAUCUUCUACAAACCCUACGCAAAAAUAUUUUGCUAAGGCUUGGGGGACUUGUGUUACUACUACGCUUUACGCUCAGGAAUCCGAUCGGAAUAACGACUAACUUUAGACAACCGAUCGGGUAUCCAGUACAAUAUAUCUGAUCGGAGGACACAGUUUGAAGAUUACGAAGAAAGAAGACCGACCGGAAGUGGGCACACACAUAUCCGAUCGGGUUCCUGGGGAUAUGACCGAUCAGAUGGGUGCCUAAAAAACUGUGAAGACAAUGAUUGAAUGUGCAAAAUUAUUAAAGGAGACAGAGGAGGGACCCCUUGUUUACCUAAAUGGGCAGCAAAUCCCUUGUUUACCCAGCAAAUAUGGGUGGUGGGUCCCCGCACUUCCAGUGCUCUAGUCCUUAUUACGAAUUCUAUCAUUACCUCCAAAAGAUUGAUUUGACAUUGAGGAAUGAUUAGAAAAUCUAAUCUAAAAAUCAUAUAAAUAAAUGAUCCCAGGAUCAGGUAAGAGAUCUAUCUAUUCUGAUAUAAUGAUAUAUGGAGAAAAACCCAUUCUGACUUGAGCGUCGGAGUGUUUAUUGCAGGUCCACCCCCCCUUUACAUUGAGACCGACCGCAGAGGAAGCUAGAAGGAAGAACGACCGCAGAGGAAGAAAGAAGGAGCAUCAACCGCUGGAGGAGGAGUGUUUCAGGACGGAGACGGCUGGAAUCUUCCCCGGUCCAAUUCCGCAGAAACAAGUUGGAUGGAAAUAAAGUUAAAAUUUGUAUCUUUUGAGUUUAGAAUAUUGUAUGAUGGCUAGUGAUUAUUGAAUUUGGUUUUAGUCUUAGUUGCUGUGCUGAAAAGAUUGAAUGUAACUAAGUAGGCAAAUGUUGUAGUUGCAAGGGAUAUUUAGGAAAUAAAGAUGCAGAGAAGUUUCUGUAAUAUGGUCAUGAGCAUGUGGUUUUGGGGACUAAGUUAAUAUGUAGGAAUGUUAAAUACUGAUGCAUGUAUCAUAUUGGGGUAAUGGGGUUAAACCUAUUUGUUAAUUUGUUUGGACGAUUUAAUAAGAGAAUGAAAGUUUAUGUUGAGAUAGUUAACUGCUGUUAAGAUAAAUUCUAAAUUUGUUCGUUCACGUGGGUUUGAUUUAAGGUGUUUAGGGCUUUUAAUCUGAUGUUAGGGUGAAUUGGUUCAUGGUAGUUGAGUAUGUUGCUUGUAUCUAGGUUAUUUUCAAGAUGUGCAGAUGUUAAAAAAUGUACUGAGUUUUGUAAUGUUUAUAUUUUGAAUGGGAGUUGUGGUUUUGGAGAAAUAUAAUGGGGGAUAAUUUGUUAAAGUUUAAGAAAAGUAAAAAUAUUAAUUAUGGUGACAUGUCGUAUAAAAUGGUUGGAUGUUUUGUUUAUACUUUGUUCAGGUUUUUGUAGGCAUAGGAAGUAAAUAAGAGUGCUAUGAUCAUUUUCGGUGCUCUGUUAAUAAAAUAGAUUAUUAUAUGCGUUAGAAAGAUUAGUAAAGUAGUCAAGUCUGAUUCAGUAGUUUAAUUUAUAUUGUGUAUAAUUAUUAGUAUUAGAUGAACUUUAGGUAUGCUGGAUGUUUGAUUAAUUAUGGGUUCUUUGUGAUUAAAUGAUUUGUAAUAGUAUGGAAUGGUUGAGUAGAAGUAAUAUAGAUGCAGUUUAUGGUAUAUAUAUGUACUAUCAUCACUAAUGAGUCGGAGUUAGUAAUCUGGUGUCAGACUUUGUAUGUAUCAAUUGAAAUUAUGAUAUUAUAUGGUAUAUGUUUUGAUGAGUAAAUGUUUAAAAAGGGUAAGGAUAAUUCUACUGGAGUCCGGGCUUUCUGAUUUGAUUGGUAGAGAUGAUUUUGGUUGAGUCUGACGAAGUGUUGGGGUUUCUUGUUGAUGAUUGGAUGAAACUUUGAAUCCUGGAGCUUUAAAAAGCUAUUUAGUCUGAUUUAAUUGCCGAAGUUCAUUUGUUCGUGGUUGGAUUAAUGUAGCAUGAUUUUAACUGUUAUUGUGUUCUCUGCGUGAUUGGGUUUGUGUGAUUCUGGUUUUGUCUAUCUGGUUGAUGCGUAUUACGGCCCUGGGGAGGCUCUGUUAGUGUGUUUAUGAUUUCUCCGUGCUUAAGGCGUUUCCAAACCAUUUCUACUGCAGUUAAAAACUAAGAGGGGAGGAAGAAUUGGAAUCUGAAGUUUUUCGUUUUUGAAUUUGUUGUAUUUCUAUUUUUAUUAGUAAAAAAAAAAUAUGACUUGCGAGUAUUCCAAAUGGUCAUAAUGUUCUUAACACCGAGUACAUGUCUCUCGUGGAUACAAUGCCUAUGUUAGCAUACACGCUUUGUACACCUAGACACUCUUUUUGUUUCUUUGGAUGUUGAGAAAUUACCGAUGGGAUAAGGAAGCUGCAAUGUCCAGUGAUGGAUUUGCAGGAGCCUCAGCAGCCACCCUAAUUGAAAUGCUUUUUGAGGUGGAG